GGGUGUUGCCCUACGCGUGUGACAAUUGUAAUCCGUGUCGAUUUCAUAAAUGCACAUGUGCAAUCAUCACAAUUUCGAUUAUUUAACUUCUUCUUUUUAUAAUAAAAAAAAAAUUGUUUCAAUUAUUUCUAAAGGCGACUUUCCUUGUCUAUGCAUGUUCUCAAUGAGUAUAUAACCACUGGUAAGAUUUUACUUUCGUAGUAGCUUUCGCUUUUCCCCGCUUCAUCGAGAGUUUCCUGGAAGACCAAGUUCCUCGUUUUACUACGUGCCUAAAGAAGUGUUACGCUUGUAUACACACUCGCAGCCACAUCUGUCUGUUUACGGUGAAACACCAAUCCGUACGCGGACAAGAUGGCCGCGUAUACUCUAUAUUUGUCGAUUGGACGCGUCUGUUUUUAUCUCUGCUUUCUCGCAAUUACGGUGUUGUGUCAGGAACAAAUAUCCCCGGGUAGUCGGUAUUACAGUCGCGAUGGAGUAUAUGUGCCUUCAAAUAGGCCGGAUUACCAAACCGACACUUAUAUUUACAAGGAUAGGAGGUAUGGGUAUCAUCCCAGUUACCUGGAUCCUGUUUACAGAGGACCUAGUAAAGCACCAGAGCAUCGGUAUCUUUACGAGGACACAACAUCGAGACUUCCUCUUCCUGGAGUAUUAGGUGGUUGGCGAGAAGAUCUUCAAGGAAGAGAAAGACCUGACUCUAAAAAUCUAAAGAGAGAUGUGACUGUGCUUACAACUUAUGGCCAAGUGCAAGGAUUUAAAGUUUAUUUGUAUGAUGAUCCACAAGCAAGACAUAAGCCUUGGAGCUUACCAGUCGAAAGAGUAACAAAGCAUGUUAAUGUAUUCCUUGGUAUUCCAUAUGCUAUGCCACCUAUAAAAGAAGGACGAUUUAAACCACCAAGACCUCAUAGAGGUUGGCAGUUGCUACAAGCCGUUGAUUGGGGACCAGCCUGUCCUCAACCUAGUGCAUAUACUGGUGCCACUAAAGGAAUUCGUGAUGUGGAUGAAGACUGCUUAUAUUUGAAUAUUUUUACUCCAUGUAUUGACUCUGGUUUAGCUCAAUUAUACCCAGUAAUGUUCUAUAUUCAUGGUGGAGAAUUUACUCAUGGAGCCAGCAAUUUAUUCCCAGCUCACAUGUUAGCUGCAUUUUAUAAUGUGGUAGUUGUUUCUAUUAAUUAUCGACUAGGUGCUCUAGGAUUUCUGAGUACAGGAGAUGAGAAUAGUCCUGGAAAUUAUGGGAUUCUGGAUCAAGCUAUGGCAUUGAGAUGGGUUUAUGAUAAUAUCAAAGCUUUUAAUGGUAACCCUAAUGCAAUAACACUUUUUGGACCUGGUGCAGGAGCAGCAAGUGCAGGAUUAUUAAUGGUUGCACCUAAAACCAGAGAAAUGGUAUCAAAAGUAAUAGCUCAAUCAGGUUCUGCAUUGGCUGACUGGGCAAUUAUAAUAGACAAGUAUAGAGCACAGAAUACAUCUAGGGUGUAUGCAGAAAUGUUAGGCUGUAGCAUAGAUGGUAGCUGGAAAUUGGUGCAAUGCUUGAAAAAUGGUAGAUCCUUUUUUGAACUGGGUAAUUCUGAAUUAAAGCCACAUAUAGGAACGUUUCCAUGGGCUCCUGUUUUGGAUAUCAAUUUUACAGUACCUAGUGACAAUUGGUAUGAAGAUUGGAGAGCAUCAGAUUGGCGUUUUUUUAUAGAAAUGCCUGAAGAAAGCAUAAAACAUCAUAAGUUUAAACAUGACUUAGCAUAUAUGGCUGGUGUGACUACUCAGGAAGCAGCAUAUCUUAUAUAUAACAAUGCCACAUUAGCCAGAAAUCAAUAUAUUAUAGAUUCAGAAUUGUUUGAACAAAAUAUUUGGGAACUUGUUCUUCAAUAUAACUAUACUCUAAAUUCUCAAGGAGUUUAUGAAGCUAUAAAAUAUAUGUACACAUAUUGGCCAGACCCAAAAAAUAUUACCAAUAUUCGCGAUCAAUAUAUUAAUCUCUUGUCGGAUUUUCAUUAUGUUGCGCCUUUCGAUAAAAUGGCGAAAUUGUUGGUAGAAAAACAUGUGCCUACAUAUUUGUAUGUACUAAAUACAACUGUUGAAGCAUUCAGACUACCACAGUGGCGAAGAGUUUCUCAUAACACCGAACUUCUUUGGCUAACAGGUGCUCCAUUUAUGGAUGUUGAAUUUUUCCCCCAGAAAUGGAAUUUGAAACGAGAUAUGUGGACGGAUAAUGAUCGCAAUAUGAGUCAUUUCUUUAUGAAAGCGUACGCAAAUUUCGCAACGUAUGGAAAUCCCACACCAUCACAAAUCUUGGGACUACACUUUAAUGUUGCAAAACCUGGACAAUUACAAUAUUUGAACAUUAAUACUACAUUCAACAGUUCAAUAAAAUUGAACUAUCGACAAACAGAAAGUGCUUUUUGGUCUGUUUAUUUACCAACUGUUAUUGGACGUUUAGUACCCACAUAUCCACCAGUAACUGAGUAUUGGUGGGAGCCGAAACAACCACUACAAAUUGCCUUUUGGUCAGUUUCCACUGCCUGUUUGUUGUUAAUCGUACUUUCUGUAGUGUGCUGUAUGCUUUGGCGUAAUGCCAAAAGGUAAGAAAAGACAAUCUGACCACUACUAUAGCGGAGAUAUCCUGAUGGUACGAGACGAUGAACUCUCGGAGGGAAUCGAGAAU